GGUGCGGAAAGUCAGAAGGAAGAGGAGAGCGCUGUUGCUCCGCCAAACUCUGCCCGACUGUCCAAACUUGCAAGUGUAUUGUUGAAAGCAGGAGCGCCGUGUUCCGCAAAACUUGCCGUUCCAUCACCAAGAAACCAGUCGGCAAACUUUGGGAUUUUUUUUUUCAUUGUCACAGAGGGGGAAAGCGAGGGUUAAGGUGAAGCUGGUGGUUGUGUCCGUCCGAGCGAAUGGAUAAGCACAAAGUGCUGGACCAGCUCCUGGUGGAGCUCCACCGCUUCCUGCUCGUCCUGGACAAGGAGAACCUGAGUGGGAUCGCCACUAUCCAAAAAGGCCUGCUCUCCGAUCUCCUCCAAUCCUACAGGGCCUCCAAUGGUGGUGAUGAGGAGUACAUCUACAUGAAUAAAGUGAUAGUUACUGGAAAAGACAAAAAUGACAAAGAUGAUGGACUGGGCGCCCUUGUCAAUGGAAAAGCAGCAAAAUAUGUCCCUGCCCCACAGAAGAGUCUCCCCAACCUGCCUCCGCCCAGAACAGGUGUGGUGGGUCGGGAGCCUUUCCCCUUACCUCCAGUCCCAGCUCCAGCCUGUGCCGACCCCGUGGAGAGUUACUAUGAAGAGGCCCAGCCUUAUGAAGAAACUGUCAAUGAUGACGGGGAGGCGGUAAGCAGCUCGUACGAGUCCUACGAUGAGGAGGAGGUGACCAGAGGGAAGUCGCCGUCAGCGCAGCACCAGUGGCCGUCGGCAGAGGCGUCCAUCGAGCUGAUGAAGGACGCCCGAAUCUGCGCUUUCCUGUGGAGGAAGAAGUGGCUGGGCCAGUGGGCGAAGCAGCUGUGUGUCAUCAAGGAGCAGCGUCUCCUGUGCUACAAGAGCUCCAAAGAGCAGACCCCUCUGCUGGAUGUAAGCCUUCUGGGCUGCACUGUGGUCUACAAGGAGAAGCAGCUGAAGAGGAAGGAGCACAAGCUGAAGAUCAUUCCCGUGGGAGGGGAGGCCAUCGUCCUGGGGCUGCAGAGCAAGGAGCAGACAGAGCAGUGGUUGAAGGUGAUCCAGGAGAUCAGCCCCAGGCCAGCUGAGACUUGUGACCCUCAGCACAUCGGGUCUGACUCCCCCAGGCUCAUCUGCACUAAGGGAGAGCUGAACGAGAGAUACUCGGUGGCUUCAGAAAGCGGCAGCAGCACCGACAGCCAUGCUGACACUCCUGAAUCCAAAGAUGUGAAGAAAAAAUAUGGCGCAGGUCUCAAGUUCAGCAACCUCAUGAACAUCGGCAAGAAAAAGGCGUCCUCGUUAGAGAGCCCCGAGAAAUCUAUCGACACCUCAGGCUACCUCAAUGUGCUGGUGAACAGCCAAUGGCGAACCCGCUGGUGUCUUAUCAAGAAUGGCCAACUGUGGUUUUACCAGGACAAAGGCAAAACCAAAGUGAGCCAGCCUGCUGUGACCCUGGAAGGCUGCAACGUCGUGCCGGACCCCAGCCCCGAGCACCUUUACACAUUUCGGAUCGACAUGGACGGGACACAGCUCGCCACCUUAGAGGCGAAGUCUUCAGCAGAUAUGGGCCACUGGCUCGGCCUCUUGCUGUCCCAGACAGGGACAAAGACCGACCCGGAGGAGCUGACGUACGACUACGUCAACUCUGAGAGGAUCUCCAGCAUUGUCAAUGCAGCCAAGACGUCCUUAUACUUGAUGCAGCGGAGGUACUCAGAGCCUAACACCUACAUAGACAGCCCGCCCUCCAUCUCUCACACCACUGAUGAGCUGUACGAUGAUGUGGCAUCUAUAGGAGCUGACCCAGAGGAUGUUGACGAGAGCGGCCUGCCAGAUAGCGAGGAGAAUAACCUUCAGGAACAUAACGAAUCAUGCACUCAGGAUGCCAAGGACGCAGUGGGUACAGGACAGGAUACUGAAAAUAGAGUUUACCUGGACCUCAUCCCUGUGCGCUCCUUCCUCCAUACGUCCUGCGGGAGUAAAACCCCCCCACACAAAGACGUCUCCAGACAUUCCCCAGGCCCCACAGAGGAACAGCAGGACCCUCCCUGCCAAACAAGAGAGCUUGAGCCAACUAACCCUUCCGAGCCGGAGCCUUCACAUAUGACAAAUGGCACCAAUUUGACUUCGACCACCAACAAACCUGAGCAAGAGCGUCCCCUGUCCCCGAGCCCACUCCGGCCCCAGUCUCAGCCACAGAAGACCUCAUCCCAAACCCACGAACCUCUGAAGAGGGUUAGUGCUGGAUUACCAAACCCCCAAGGAUCCAGCCCCUCUGGGACACAGAGCCACAAAGCCCUGCAGAGUACAAGUGGGCUGGCUCAGGCUGCAUUUGGACUCCCUCACAGCCCACAACCCCCUCGGGGAAGAAGUACAGGCGGUGGAGAGAAGCCUAGGGCCUAUACCAUAGGGUGUCCCGGAGCAGUUGAGGUGAAACUGGGCAAGAACCGCACCGAGGCAGACAUGCGACGCUACACCGAUGAGCGGGACCGUUUGGAGAAAGAGAGGGAGGAGGUUAGGAACAGUCUGGCGAACCUGAAGAGGGAGAGGAGGGAGAUCAAAGAGGAGCUCAGCACCUGUCAAGAUCCCAAGCAGCAGGCCUCCCUAGAAAGCAGUCUGAAGCAGAAGGAGGAGGCGUGUCGGGAGGCGGAGCGCCGCAGGGUAGAAGUGGAGCUACGAUUGGUAGAAGUAAAGGAAAGUCUGAGGAAGGUGGAGGCGGGGCCUUUUACACUGGGCACCACAUUGGACAGCAGCCUGCAGGACACACCCACGUCUAAAGCAGCGUCCCUGCCCCCCCUCCAGACCCCACCGUCGCAAACGUCCAGCAGCAGCACCAGUGGAGACUCUUCCUCCCCGGUCAACUCUGCCACCAUGCUGAAGACCAGACCCGCCUCCAUCAUGGCAACCAGCAAAGGCAACGUCCUGCAGAAAGCCAAGGAGUGGGAGAAGAAAUCCACCACCUAGGAGAGAUUGUGAAUGUCCUUUGACCUCCUGUGGCCUCUAAGGUCAACUUGUUUCUCUUGGCCAGGUUGGCUGCAUGCCACUUGACCUGCUUUGGCGAGGAGCUGCUGGGUUCAGGCACUUAAUCAACACGCUCCCCUCCCUGGACCCUCCAUCCUCAUCACUUCCUUGUCAAGAGCACAAACGGCCAAUCAGAUAGAGGCACAAGCUGUCUCCUCACUGACAAAUGCCACUGGACAAUUUUAGUUUCAAUGACUUUUUUUUAAGUUGUUUUUCUCCAUUUCCAAGAAGGAGAAAUUUGGUGUAGUUGCAUUUUGGCCAGUCUAAUAAUUGUUCUUUGAUAAUGAUGCACAAACGGGAUGUUUUUUGGCAGUGCAAACACCCUUAAGUUUGACACCACUGAACGACAGUUUCCUGAACAGGUAUGUUAUAUAUAAAGAUUCCCUUCUACUAAAUUGGCCAUUUGGUACACUUUAGAUUGUAGCUUGGUUCGUAUAUGCUGGUAGCCAAGAUGUAAAUAUAUUUACACCAUUAUUGUUCAGCAUUGUGGUAUUGCUAGCUAAAAAUGCACUUUUUAUUCAAAUAAAAUAUACUGACAGCA